AUGCACAUGGAACUGUCAAGUGAGCAGGUGGAUGCAGAAGAGGAAGUUGAGAGAAGUGGUCAGGAAGAACUAAAAAGAUUGCAGAAUCCUUUAGGACACGUUAAUGAUGGAGAAUAUAUACUUGAAAAUCACCAGCUGGCCAUGGAUGUGGAGAAUAAUAUUGAAAAAUAUCCCCUCAAUCUACAGCCCUUGGAAUCAAAGGUGAAAAUCAUCCAGCGAGCGUGGCGCGAGUACCUGCAGCGGCAGGACCCCCUGGAGAAGAGGAGCCCGUCCCCGCCCUCCGUCUCCUCGGACAAGCUAAGCAGCUCCGUCAGCAUGCACACCUUCUCUGACAGCAGCACUCCCGUGAGUGAAGUGAUUCUGUUCCACCUUGACCAGCCUGCCAGACCCACUGGGUUACACACACUCAAGGAGCUUGAGAUAGGACAACCUGGUUUUCCCACCCUCCAACGAGUGGACCUCAAGUCUAUGGAGGGACAAGACUGGCUGGAUGAAUAUUCAGUGACGGACAUCCUGGUGACCCACCAAAUCUUUGCAAUACACUACCGAAAGUCAGUACCAGCCUGCUGUCCGUCACGGCCCAUGCACCCACACUCACGCUGCGUCAUUACCUCCGCGUUUAAUUGCCCUUUCUACAUACACAACCUCCGGGCUUCAAUACAUCAAGAAAAAUCUAGUGACUAA